AUGUGUAUCCAAGGCAUUGACCAUGUCGCUGGCUCGGAAGAAGCUGCCCUGAUACAAAGUCACCGAGUGGGCAAGCAGCAUGGCGCAAAGAGCAAGAAGGUGCCAAAGAAUUCUGCUUUGCUGGUAAUAGACAUGCAGAAUGAUUUCAUAAGUGGGACGUUGCCCGUGGCUGGUGCAGAGUCCAUUAUCCCGACCAUCAACAACCUCACUGCGUUAGAUUCGUGGGAGGUUGUUGCUUUCACUACCGAUUAUCACCCUGCCAACCACCUCUCAUUUGCUUCCAACAGUCCUUUCAACAAGCAGCCGUUCAUGUCCGUCAACGUUUCUUACACCGACUAUCAGAAGGUUUGCGGGGAAGCGUACAAGCCAAUUUACAAAGAAUCUGCAGCUGGAAACUGUACGGCCAACGAUGUGGAGGUCCAGUUUUCGCAGGAACUUUGGCCGGACCAUUGCAUUCAGGGCACCUGGGGGCAACAGAUCCAUGACGAUGUCCUAGUACCCAGCAGCGCUUUCAUCAUUCGGAAAGGGAUUACGACCGUCGUCGACAGCUAUGGGGCCUUCACGAACAAUUAUGGCAUGUAUGUGACCGACAAAAACCCUGAGAUCAUCAAACGGAUCGAAGAGAACUCUUUAGCAACCUCGCUCAAAAGGCGUGCCAUUCAGCAUGUUUACGUGGCUGGUCUGGCCCUGGAUUAUUGUGUUAAAUACACCACGCUGCAGGCCUUAAGUCGAGACUACAAGACCUACGUCGUCAUUGAUGCAACAAAACCUGUGCUUCUUCUCACACUUCGGCAAGCUGACAAGCUGUCGGUGGUUUUGCGAUUUGCUCGGCCAAGUUGCCAAACAUGUGCGAUGCCAUUUGUGGUAGCCUUGGCCAAGGCAGAGGUUCGAUUCAUAGGCUGA